CUUUCAGUCGUUUUUUUCUGGCUAUAUAUAUUGAGAGGUUCCAGUGAAGAAAAAGUACCAGAUGGGGGAAGACCAUUCUUCGCUGUCAACAAGAACGAACAGGUCCGCUCCGACGUACGUGACGACUCGCACGCUUUCCCUCGUGUCCAGCCUAUUACCUUAAUGAUGUCCACGCUACGCCUCCUGUGUUUUAGUGCGCUGGUAUCGGUUUGGCGGCUGUCUGAAGCAGUCGGGCCGGUGGUCCGAUGCGAACCUUGUGACGCGGAGGCGAUGAUUCGAUGCAAACCUCUGCCCAGAGAUUGCGCAGAGAAAGUCCGCGAGCCCGGUUGUGGCUGCUGCAUGACUUGCGCGCUGACCGAGGGACAGUCGUGUGGAAUUUAUACCGGUAGGUGCGGCUCCGGCUUGACGUGCCAGCACCGGGCGGGUGAGACGAGGCCCCUUCUGGCCUUACUGGAAGGACGAGGGAUUUGCUCCAGCGCAGCCUCCAAAAAGCUCAGCAGGAUUUUGGAGCCUGCCAACGGACAAGAUAAUGCUGUGGUGUUGGGUGAGGAUCGUGGUUCUAACAGAACAGGCUCCCAGGUCACCACCAACAGGGGCAGACUGACCAGGCCAAAGGUCACUCUCCUCCACCCUAAGGCGAAGGUCAUCGGAAGAGACCAGUCCAAGAAAUCCCAGAGCUACAAAGUGGGGCCGGCACCAGCCAGGGUCAGCACGGACGUGCAGAACUUCUCCUUCGACUCCAAGCAGGAGGCGGAGUAUGGGCCAUGCCGGAGAGAGAUGGAGAGCGUGCUGAACAGUCUGAAAGUCAUGGACAUCCUCAACCCGCGCGGGUUCCGCAUUCCGAACUGUGACAAAAAGGGCUUCUAUAAGAAAAAGCAGUGCCGUCCGUCCAAAGGCAGGCGGAGAGGCGUCUGCUGGUGUGUGGAUAAGUACGGGCAACCCCUGCCAGGCUUCAGUGGGAAGUGGAGAGGGGAUGCCCAGUGCUACAGCCUGGAGAACCAGUGAUUGGGAGGGGCACCCCUGGGGACUUGGAGAACUGCUGAGCACUGAGCGCCCAAUGGAGCCCGCGAAAAGCGCAGGAGUCUGCUUCAGAACGUGACUUUCCCCUCCCCGGAGUCAUUGCAAGAAUACGAUUGGCUCUCUGAGCUGGGAACCUGGGUCUUUUUAGCCCUGUGAGCCAAUCACAUACAUCUCAGUGAGCCAAUCGUGUCUCGGUGAGCCAGCCAUGGCUCAGUGCGCUAACCGUGUGGCUUUUCUAGAGUUGCGCUGUGUUUGUGGUGCAAUUCCAGACUUCAUACGGACCACCUGGUGCCUUACCCCAUGGGACCUGUGGACAUGACACUUGUCAAAGCUUGUGAAGAAGGCUGGCCAUACAGCCUGGCCAAACAAGCCAUUCAGACCUUUAAUACAUCCCUGAAAUGUGUGAAGAGGAGAGGAAGGCAAAAUCAUGCAUUAUCCUUUAUAGAAAGAGAGAGGUCAGCGCUUCUGGAGGGCGAGAGGUGAUUUUCAGUUCACUUUAUCAACCACUCCCUACUGUGACUGGCAUGAUGUGGAGAGACCAGAUGGUUCAGGUGCUUUUACCUGACAAAAGGAGACAGACGGCAGGAGCUAUGCCAGCAGGAGAGAAACCUGCAUAAUCAUGCCACUGGAAGAUGGAUUUCACAUGUGUGUGUGUGUGUGUGUG